AUGAUGGGCACUGCGCAUCCAAACCAGGCCGGCGUCGCUUUUGAAAACGCCCUCCAGCGCAGAGACUCGCACUCCGCCGGCCUCCCUCGUCUCUCCCUGGCCACGUCCAAGGCCAUGUCUGUCUCACAGAGCGGCCUGUCCUCAGAUAUCUUCUCGAGCACCUCGCAGGCUGCGAAUCUGCCUACCUCCAUGCCCUACGCCAUCACGCCCAUCGGGAAGCCGUCCAGCUUCGACUCGAGGACCCCCGUCUCAGCCCGUCUGGGACAACAGCUCUCGACCAGCUCGAACGGCUCUAACAUGGGAAACGGGAGUGGGAUGCAGCAGCAGCAGCAGCAGCAGCAGCACGGAGGAGCCACCGCUGUUCGCAUGCGACUGCUGCCACGAAAUACCAGCUACGAAGCGCUACGGAGCAUGCUGCUGUUCGCAAAGAACCUGGUCGAUGCAGAAUUUAUACCGAACGAGUAUUCAGAAGACUCGUCCUUUCUCACUGCAAUUGCGUUGUUCGAGACCAGGACUGCCGCCGAAGAGGCUCAGGCGAUGCUGAACGGGAAGCCCAACUCGACAAACGACGCCAAUAUGAUCGUUGAGAUCGUGUCUGCGUGUCCUACGACGUCUGCGAUGAUAUCUCGUCGCAAUACCAUCGACCAUCUGCCUCGCUCCAUGACCAUGCUCUCUCCGACCUCGCCUCAUCCGUUCAUGCCUCCGCCGUCUCGUAUGAUGUCUCGUCUGGAUGAUAUACACUCCCUCGACACCGCGCUGGACAGCUCGUCCAUCAGCAAGCCAGCUACGACAAACGGUGAACUCCCGGCGCCCGAUACGGGCUCACGGAUACACUCCAUCUUCUCCUCUCAGUCGCCCGCAGGAAACGGGAUGAACGACCGCCCGCGUGUCUCUGGAAAAUCAGUCAUCGAUCAGGACGUCGACGAAGACACCGGCGAACUCCUCAAGGACCCCAUUGCAUACGCACGAAACGGCCCGUCAGGCCAUAUGGGCCUGCAGCGCCGCUCGACGAACCCCCAGCUCCCCAUGUCGCAAUUCUCCAAUCUCUCUUUAACGACGACCAUGUCCUCCCCUCCUCUCCCUCCCUUCAGCGCUGGCACCGGGACGCCCGCCACGAGGAACAUGCCCACGCCUACCAGCGCAGUAUCAACCUUCAGCGGCAGCGGUUCAACGACCCCUUACCACCAGCUGCAGUUCCACCGCCUCAACUACCCGCCCGUCAAUCCGGCCGACCAGAACCCUCCCUGCAACACCCUGUACGUCGGCAAUCUGCCCCCAGACACCUCCGAAGACGAGCUCAAGGCCCUCUUCUCGCGCCAACGCGGCUACAAACGAAUGAUCUUCCGCCAAAAACCCAACGGCCCCAUCUGCUUCGUCGAAUUCGAAGACGUCUCCUUUGCAACCAAAUGCCUAACAGAACUCUACGGCUACGAACUCUCCAACAGCGUCAAGGGCGGCAUCCGCCUCAGUUUCUCCAAAAACCCUCUUGGCGUCCGCAACGGCCAACCGGGAAGCAUCCAUCCUGCCAAUUCCAUGAGCUCUCCGGGACCAGUCUCCGGCAUCAACAACAGCUCAUCAACAGGCAUGGGACCGGUCCGGUUCUCAACAGCCAACGGCCCACCACCCGGUCUCAGCGCCCCGCCCGGUUUACCCAUGCCAAUGCCAAUGUCUAUCCCGACAAAUAGCUCAGGCAUGGGUCCGCCACAGCAGGUCCAGGUCCUUAAUGCCUCGCAAUUCAACGGCCUGGGGCUAGGGUUAAACCAUAACGCUAAUGCCAUGGGAUCAAUGAGGCCCGGAACCGGUCCGGGUGCUGGUCCUGGUGCGCAGAUGAAUAUGGGCGUCGGCGUCGGCGUGGGCAUCGGGUCGCCGACGGCAGGGAACAUGGGCGCCAUCAACAACGGCGGCUCGUACCCUGACUAUAUGAUGGGGAGAUAG